CAAACUGGCAACGGAGUUCAGUCGACGUUUUGACACUGUGAGAAGAGGAAGGCGGCCGAGGUCAAUGACAGUACUGAAUCUUUUUCUUGUGGACCGAAUGGACUGCAGUAGAGUUCCCACAGAUGGCCAAAAAUCUCGCUUAACCCAAGCUGGUCUUGGUUUUGCGAGGAACAAGUUGUUCAACCUAACCUGGGACUUGCGUGAAUUUUAUGCAUUUGUCUGUGGGAGCUUUCCAUCUGUGAACCUGAACUUAAUAGGUUUCACUGUGGCCAAGGCAAAUAAACAACGAAGGUUGAUGACACUUCAUGCCAACUCUUUGAAGGAUCUGAAGCGUCAGUUACGAAAAAGCCAUCUUUAUAUAAUUCCACUUGGAAACCUCUUAUCUGGAAGUCAGAUGUCUGCAGCAGUGGUCAACCCCUCCACCACACCUGCUCAGUCCAGCCAAAUGUCUGCAGCAGUGGUCAACCCCUCCACCACACCUGCUCAGUCCAGCCAAAUGUCAGCAGCAGCAUUAAUGGAAAAUUCAUUAGAGAGAGACAUGUCAUUUCAGCUGGAGACGUUGGACCCACUAGAGUGGCAGAAUGCAGGAACGCCUGAUGUGUUUUACAAAAUUCCAACAAGCUCAGCAGUGGAUGCCUCUCAAAUUGUAGACAGAAAUGACUUCAUGCUGGCUGAAAAUGAUGAAGAUAAUGACAGCAGUGAUCAUGACAGCAGUGGUCAUGACACAAAUGACGAAAAUAAUUUCACCACAGUAAGUCUGCUUCAUGCUAUGGAUGAAGAUCUUAAUCUUGCCACAGUCCUCAAAUGUUUCCAGAAACAACACUUCUGCCAAGAUGAAGAGGACAGCCAAAGCAGCUCUUCCGACUCUGGCAAUGACCUCCAUGUUAUUGUCCAUAGGAGGAAAGUCCUAUACAGUGCUUUUAAAGCAAUGUCAUCACCAUCAUUCUGCUGGAAGAAAUCUCCAAAGGUGGAAUUUGUUGGGGAGGAAGGAGCAGAUUACGGGGGGCCACAGAGAGAGUUUUUCCGACUCUUGAUGCAGGAUGUGCAACAGUCCGGUUUGUUUGAGGGUCCAUCUAAGGAGCUACUGUUCACCUACCAUCAGGGCCAGGAACAAAAGUACCUAAAGGUUGGAAAAUGCGUUGGCUGGUCGAUCGUCCAUGGGGGACCGGGAUUACGAGCCCUCAACAAAACACUGUUCGCUUGCAUGUGUGGCCACAACCCAUCCUUUAGAGAUUUCCGUUGGCAAAAUCUUGAUGAAGAUGUACAGAGUAAAAUCAAGAAGAUUCUCAACUGCAAAGAUGAAAAUGAGUUUGCUGCCUUGCUCCAGGCCGAAGUUCUAGGCAACUGGUUAGCUGAGUGUGGCAUAUACAUGUCAAAGAGAGAGGAGAUCCCAAACACAAUUGCAUACAUAUUAAUUACAUCCAUUUACAGAGUUGCAAACAUCAUCAAACAAUUCACCGAUGGAUUGAACUCAUGGGGGAAUUUGUGGGAUGUGGUGAAAGCCAACUAUGCUGCCUUCCUGCCAGUCUUCACCGACAUGUCCGUCCCUCUUACUCGCCAAUCCCUCAAGUCACUCUUCAGUGUCAACUACAGUACUAGGGGCACCAACCGACGAGAGCAGGAAGAGGACACCAUCUUCAGCUGGGAGGUGUUUCUCAAGAUGGUAGAAGACAGUCAAGCAGAUGUCACUUUUGAGGACAUCCUCAUAUUCAUCACCUCAGCAGACAUGAUUCCUCCACUUGGAUUCCAGGAACAGCCUACCAUUGACUUUUAUGACCAGGAACAAGGCAGGUCCCGAAUGCCAUAUGCAUCCACUUGCGCACUGACCUUUUACCUUCCCAGAGGCCUGGAUAGCGAAUAUACAAUGAAGGAAAUGGUCACUUCAGCCAUAAAAAACAGCUUAGGUUUUGGAAAACCUUAA